CAUCUGUGAGGGCAUCAGAGCUUCCCUCAAAGAGAGAGGAUGGAUCCCCAGAGAGAGAGACCCAAGGAAGUGAACACAGAACAUCUAAUUGCUGACAGGCGGGAAGGAAUUGGUGUCUGUGGCUGGAUCCUGGUUUCCCUUUCAUUCAUCCUGGUGCUUAUUACUUUUCCUAUUUCCAUCUGGACAUGUAUUAAGGUUGUCAGAGAAUAUGAACGUGCUGUUGUGUUUCGUCUGGGACGUAUACUGUCUAAGAAAGCAAAGGGACCAGGAAUUAUCCUUGUACUUCCUUGUACAGAUACGUUUAUCAAGGUUGAUCUUAGGACCGUUACCUGUAAGAUUCCUCCACAAGAGAUUCUCACGAGAGAUGCUGUUACUGCCCAGGUGGAUGGGGUGGUGAGCUACAGGAUCCACAGCGCUGUCAGUGCUGUUGCCAAUGUCACUGAUGUCCACUCUGCGACCUUGCUUCUGGCACAGACAACCCUGAGAAACGUCCUGGGUACACAGAGCUUGGCUGAGCUGCUGGCAGGUCGUGGGGAGAUUGCACACAGGAUCCAGGCUGCCCUCGACAGUGCCACGGAGCAGUGGGGAGUCAAAGUGGCCCGUGUGGAGGUCAAAGAUGUCCGGAUCCCCAUGGCCAUGCAGAGGGCAAUGGCAGCUGAAGCAGAGGCUGCUCGAGAGACAAAAGCUAAGGUUGUGGCAGCUGAAGGAGAAGUGAAUGCUUCCAAAGCUCUCCAGAAGGCCUCCAUGGUGCUGGCCGAGUCUCCAGCGGGUCUGCCACUGCGUUACCUGCAAACAUUAACAGCUGUGGCAGCACAGAAUAAUUCCACCAUUGUCUUCCCUCUCCCUAUAAAUAUGUUUGGGAGUUCGGGGUGGAAAAAUAUAGGGGGAUAG